AGGCCCCAUGGAGUCGGGUUCAUCGCCCCCUCUGUUUGUCCCCGCCAAACCAGAGAAGAAGUCGUCAAGGAGGACAAGGAAACAUCUCAAGGAGGGCGACGGCAGAUCCACAGACAGCGAAGACCCCGCCGCUGCAGCUGGGAACAAAGACGCCUCCAAGAAGAAGCGACGGCGAGGCGAAGCGGGCAGAAAUAAGAGGGAGGGUGGACGCGACGGCAAGGCCCCGGGGGUCGCGCAGAGGUCAACAGAGACAGCAGACUUUGAGGACCAAGCGUCGUCUGUCAGAGAAGAACAGAAGCAGCAGAAAAAAGGCGGCGGAGCAAACAAGACGAGCAAAGUUUGCAGUGAGGCUGUUUUAUGGUUUUGUUUUAGUGGCUUUAAUUACUGUGGGAGAAGAUUGAAAAACAGGAGAAUAAAAGCCUUCAUGAGGAUACCUUCAAUCCAUCUGCAUGUGGUAUUUCCGUUGAAUGUUCUUUGUCGGGGGGGAAAUAAACAGGAACAAACAAGGUUUUUUUUCUCCUUUUUGAAGAACCAUUGCAGGAUGAGGAAGCCCUGACGAAGCAGAACGGAGUGAAACAGAAGGAGCUCGGAUCAAACGGGGAAAAAAGAGACGGGGGAAGACUGAAGGACUUCUAUGAGGAAUGCGUGGCAAUGAGCGCGGCGUUGGAGCGCCGCCCAAACAAACACAACUGGUUCAAGGCAAACAUCGUGGAGAGGCGGCGGCUCCAGAGGAGGCUGUCGUCGUGCCCCGAAGGCCCGGCCUCUGAUGUGGAGCGCAGUGCAGAAAGUGACACGGACCCCCGGCCCGACGGAGAGCCCGACGGAGAGCCCGACGGAGAGCCCGAGGAGCAGCAGGAGCAGCAGCAGCAGGAGGAGGAGGAGGCCGGCCAGAGAGCUCGCAGCGAAGAGCCUGUUAAAGAGCAGGACCUGCAGGCGCAGCUGGACGCCAUGGUGACGGUGCUGAGCGCGUCCGACGAGGUGGAGCAGCUGGUCCUGCGGAACACGGGCCUGACGGACGACCUUCUGCUGAGCCUGGCGGGGGCCCUGAUGACCAGCCUGUCCGAGGUCACGCUGCUCAACCUCAACCUCAACCUCAUUGGCCCGCAAGGUGCUCACAUCCUGCUGGACGUCCUGAGGGCCAAGCCUCAGGUCAGGGGCCUGCAGUAAGUCCCGGGCUCCACUGAUCUGCAAUCCCGACAGAAUACCGAAUAACCAGCAGAUCCAGCAAAGUGUUCCAAAAUAAACUUCAGGAAAGAACAUAAUAAAACGAUAAAAGGGAAAGAGACACAGCUGAUCCAAGGCCAGCCUCGUUGUUGCAGAAUAAAACCUUCGCCUCUUGCUGUUGAAUUACACGAUCCGUCUCUUUUAUGUGAAAAAGAAAUGCCUCCAGUGGCUUACCACCAGAUUUUAUUUUUUUAGACGAAAUACAGGGAAUGUGCAAUGACUUGUCUUUCUGACGGAGAUGUUGACAGAUGUAAAGAUUUGCAGUGCACGCUGACAUGGGUGAGAUGAAAAGAAAAGCGUCUGGUCUAAAGGAAUAGAUGAGAAGAUUCAUACCAAUCCGUGAUGUGUCCUUUGAAUAUAAGGC